AAUCGGACUGACACCAAGCCUAGGUCCGGCCAUCUUGUGACGGCAAGCGCUCUCGUCCGCAAAACAUCCCCCGAUUCGCGAAAUUCAACGCGAUAACGCGACCAAAACACCCCAAAAAGUGCCGACGAGUGCCCCCGUGCCAACGCCGACUCCAGCACGUGGUGCACAACACGCAAGAAGCGCCCAAAUCGCGAGCUUCGUUUUUACACAUGAGUGAUACAUUUUUGUGACUGUGAACACUUUCGGAUAAAAACACACUCUAAUUACCACUAAGAAAUGAACGAGUUGCGACGUCUCGUCCCCUAGUCCUAAUUAGGACGCCCACCAUCAAAAUGGGCUGAAGCCACUUUCUUGGAGGCAGCAGUUCCAAAAUUCCAAAAAUAGCAUAGCAAAUUGGAAAUGGAUAAAGAAAAUGGUAAGGGCGCCGAAGGUAAUUCAGGUUCCAGCAAAGUGUCAAAUCCCAGCGAUCCGACGCCUUUACUCGAUGCAGCCAGUCUCUUUGGAGCUUACUGGCCACGGGGCGAUGCGAAUUCGGCCAACGCUGCUAAUCUCUUCGGGGGCGGUUUUGGGCUGCCGCCCCAUCCGUCGCUGCCUUUCGGGAUGUUACCACCAACGACCGGACGCGGCGGAAUGCCGUCUUAUCCGACCUCCACGGCGGCGGCGGCCGCCUUCAGCAACGCCUACACCAACACCCUCUCGGUGGCGGCGAGCCAAGCCGCCAGUUUAGGAAUACCGGCUGCAAGCGCCGCGUGGUGGUCGAUGGCGUCCCAUCUGGCAGCUCAGGAUUACCUGGCGCGUCUUCAAGCCACCGGUUUGAACUUCCCUCUGGGCAGCCCCGCCGAUCUGCAGUACGCCUCAUUAGGCCUACCGCCGCCGUCUCACCACAAGUCCAAGGGCUCGAAAAGCGUCGCGCCCUUACCCAAAGCCAAGGACACUCUUGAUGGACGCUUGGACGCCAACUCGUCGAUGCCGAACUCCAAACCCAAGUACCCGGGGGCCGGUCUCAGCAUCCAGAGUAUGAAAUUGCCCAGCGAUAAAAAGGCAAAAGUGAACGAUUUGAACUAUCUGAAACCGAUGGACAAGAAGACGAGUGUCAGUUCGAGUGCGAAAGUGACGACGUCGUCGCCGAGUAUUUUCACCAGCCCUUUGAGUCUGGCCAGUAAUUUCGACAAAAGUGCGAACACAAUUAGUACUCAAAGUUCUAGUGAUAGUGGGACACCCACCUCUAGCAUACUCAGCGCCGCCCUUGAAGGAAACAGUGAUCCGAAUUCGAUUCUUGGUGGCGUUCGUUUACCUCCCGAUACCGAGAUUAUUAAAUAUACCUCAUCCAUUGUUGGGCCUAAGAUACCAGGAACGACGAAUCGAGGUCGGAAAAAAACCAUUUCCUUAGACCCACCCUCGGUUAGCGUGCAUCCAUCGCAUUCUAGCACUGGAAUGUUGAUUGAACGUAGCAAUAAACGUCCAAAACUAACAGAUCAGCAAGAUGUUGGUUCGCCACCGUCUUCAGCCAAUGAUAGAGUCGAAGUUAUUAAAUUACCGGCGACCAAUGGGAGUCCUUCGGGGAUUUCUGUACCUUCGUUCAACAGUAGUGAAAGCACAGGCGAUACUCCAUUGAAUCUGUCAUUGAAACCGAGCACCUCGACGAAUACCACAGCCAGUUCCUCGCUGAAUUCGCUCUGUAACAUGUCUGCCAAUAUUGGAGUAGAUAGAAUAUCUCGUCGCAAGCCGGGUCCGAAGCCCCGACGUGUAGUUCCCUCCGGUGGGCAGAUGCCUCCGGGUGCCCCUAGCGCUUCCUUGGCGCAACUUUUCGCCACCGCCGAUUCUCCGAGACCACCUAGUCGUAAUGAAGGCUCGGACGGCGGCAGUUCGACAUCGUCUACUUGUACCACUACCGCUCCCACCACCGCCUGCACCACAGUUCCUUCCAUAAGCAAUCACAAAGAAGGCCGGCCGAGAAAUCUCGGUCGGGGCGUCAGUAAACCAAAAAAGAAUACUGUAGCAUCACUUUUAGCACAAAGUAGGGCAUUAGGUAUCAAACCUAUGCCUAUUUUGGAUCCGAAUGCUUCAAUGAAUCAACAGAUGAAUCUAUUGAAGUCGAAUAUAUUGGCUGCACAGCAGUAUAUUUCUGAAGCAGGUGGUGACGAAAAAGCUUUAAAUAAAUUUUUGCAGGAAAAAUUCAGGGGUACUUUAAGUGAUUCUAGUACUGUUGAUGCCUCAACUGAUUCUGAUAACCUUACUGAUUCUAAUCACACAGAUUCAGAAAUGGAGAUCGAAGUCGCCACGAAGAAACAAAAACAGUACGACGAACGAGCCUUAAGAGUGCCCCUGGAGAAAGGGUGGAAGCGGGAGACGGUCAUCCGAGGACUGACGAAGAGCGGCGGCAUCAAGGGCGACGUCACCUACGUUGCACCUGAUUCUGCAAAUAAAUUCAAACAAAUGUCAGAUGUCACGCAGUAUUUGGAGUAUCAGAAGAGCACAGAGUUCACCAAGGAAAACUUCACCUUCAGUUGUCGGGUCAUCUUGGGAGACUACCUCCAGCCGGUCCCACCGGAAAUGGCAGCGGAAGCAGGAGAAUACAUCCAUCUCACUGAAGAGGACGUCAACAGAAGACUAGAAGAACUGAAGUCAGCCAUGAGGACAAGUCUUCCCGUGGAGCAGCGAAUAGAAAUGGCUCGAAAGCAGCAAGCAGCUCGUGCAGCAGCGAGGAUGGACCGCGAGCAAGCACGUCUAGCGAAAGAAAUUGAAAGGUCAGAACGUCAAGAAGCAGCUCGUAGAGACCGCGAAGCCCGAUCUCAACAACUCUUGGAGGGUCGAAAACGGCUAGCGUUCACGCUCGAACAGAAAAUACAGAUAAUAUCGGAAAUCGAAGGUGGAAAAACGAAAUCGGACGUGUCUCGAGAGCUCGGUUUGGCUAGUUCGACUGUAGCGACGAUAUGGAAGAAUCGUGAUAAUAUAAUAAACGCCUAUAGCUCUGAAAAUUUGGGACGCAGUCACAGUCCCAAUAAUAACGAUUUGUUCAUUCCUGAUAUUGCGAUGGCUAAAAGAAAACGCCAAGAGGAACUCGAGAAACACAGACACGAGGAACAACAACGAAAACAACAGGAGAGAGAAUUCAAAAGACAACAAGCCGCCAUAUUAAAAGAACAGAUGUACAUACAGGAGAUCAGUAAACAGCGAGAAAUGCUCUACACUGUUGAGUUGGAGCGCGAAAGGCGUCGCCAACACAUGGCUCUAGUGAAAGCUUUGGAAAAUCGUCGAAAACUCGAGGAACGCGAACGCAAAAAGCAGCAACUUUUGGCGGAAAAACAAGCGAACAAAGAGAAGAAAAUGGAACAACGAAAAAUGGAAAUGGAAAUUCUCUCUGAACUGCGAAAACCGUGCGAAGAUUUGGAACUCGAUCAGAAACCGUUACCGGAAUACGAGCGAAUUCCAGGUUUGAAAUUGCCUGGAAAAGCUUUUGCCGAUAUCCUGAUGGUGUUUGAAUUUUUGCACAAUUUUGGCGAAACGUUGGGAUUCGAUAUGGAGUCACUUCCGACUUUAGAUUCGCUCCAGCAAGCUUUAAUGCCUAAUGAGCACUCUUCCGAAGCCGAAGAAGAGCUUUUUUCUGUGAUGACACAUUUGCUAGUCUGCGCUAUUGAAGAUCCCGGAAUUCCAAAUCCAGCACGUCAUACGACAAUACUGGGACAAAGUCUGAGACAGGCCGACAUAACUCAUGCGAAUUUAUCGGAAAUUUUACGAAUUUAUCUCUACGCUAAUGCGACAGGCGAAGUUAAAGCUUUAACGGGGGUGCAUUUUGAAAGGGAUCGAGAGAAACGAGUGGCCGAUCAUCAUCAGAACGACAACGAAAUGCAACAAACUUCUCUUGGAAAAAACUCGCAAUAUUACGAAUUAUUGCAUGAGAACGACACGUGGAAAAUGUCCGAUAUGUUGAAAGAUAAGCCGUUUAUGGCGCUUUCACCGACAUGUAAAGCCGAGAUUUUAGCAUUUUUGUGUAACGAAUUGUUGCAAAAUAAAGCCGUGAUUAGACAGAUAGAGAGUUCGUUGGAGAGUGUGGCACAACAGAAGAAGGAAAAGUGGCUCCUUGAUACGAAAAUCCGAAAGUUGAGGAUGUUACACGGGAGAAAAGUGAGGUCGGAAGCAGUUGAAAAGGCCCAAAAUAAAGUUGAUGGAGAGGCUGAAGGGGCGGUAGACUCGCCUUCUUUGCACAAGGAUGACUUAUUAGAUGAUGAGGAAAACGAUAUGAGUGAGAAUGAAAGUGUGGGGACGCAACCCGAAGAGGAGGAGGAUAACAAACUAUCAGGUGAAGAAUUGGGUAAGAAGCUUGAAAAAUUGGUAAAACAGUCGGAGGCCCAAUUGCAAUCUCUAAAUUCGUCCACACAUCAGCUUCGGGCCUCUUGUUUUGGACAAGAUCGCUACUGGAGACGCUACUGGUGUCUGUCUAAAGCUGGUGGUGUUUUCGUAGAAGCCAUGGAAUCUGCAGAACCCGAGGUUUUGCUCGAACAAACUCAAUUCGACCAAUCAACUGAGACGAUAAACAGUUUAAAUGAUAUUAAUAAGUUAAUGAACAACGUUGAAAACAUAAACGACUCUAAUGUCGAUAAAGAAGUGAGCAAUAUUGUCGGCAACAACGAAAGUACCGAAGAGGUCGAGAAAAAUCUAGUAAAAACAACCGAUGAUAAUGAUAACGAACACAGAAAGACCCCAAACCGAUUAGGAGUGUUCGAAAAUGGUGAAAUUUUAGAUAAAAGCGAACGAAAUUUAGCGGAAUUGAGAAAAAGUGUAGACGACAUAGUACAAAACCUUGAACGAAAUAUAGAAAUAGAAAAGGAGAAUAAAUUAAAGCAAGAAUCUCUGAACAAAGUCAACAAUCACGUUGAAGAAAUUAAAACAGAGCCGGUCGAGUCUGAUUCUUUCGCUAAUAAAAAAUUCAACCUUUUCGAAAAACUCGGUCAAUGUAUGGAACGUGAGAACAAAACCGAAGAAGACUUAAAAGCCGAUGUGAAAGCCGAAGUUAAGGAAGAAUUAAAAAAUGAGAUUCUCAACGAAUUAAAAUGUGAUAUAAAAGUCGAGUCCAAGACCGAGGACGAGAAACCAUCCGAAAGUGAGCAUAAAUGGUUCAGUAUUUUAAAUAAAGAGGGCUCUUGCGAGGGUAUUUAUUUAACAGCUGGAAAUCGAUGGGAUAAUGGUGUUGGUGCUUGUACCAGAGAUAACCUCACCGAACUUAAAAUUCCUGUUUUUCCACCACCAGGAGCCAACUCCUCCAAUUAUCACAGUUUGUGUGACAGUCCGGCUCCUCUGCAGAUGACAGCCGAGGAGAGUGCUCAAUUGGAGCACAUUAAGAAACAUGGAAUGCCCAAAUCGUGUGCCAGGAAAUCAGUUCCUGUCGAUAAAAGAUACGGUUGGUGGAGGAUUACAGAUCCGGAUCAGUUGAAAGAGGUUUUGGAUAAUUUGCAUGUGAGAGGGGCAAGAGAACGAGAAUUGAAACGAAACUUUAUAAGUAUCAUGCAGACGAUGUACGAGAGACAGGGAAAAUUUUAUAUCGAAGAAGGGCAAAAGGAUUUGACAGAGUUGGCAAUGGAAGGGAUUGAAAACGUCAAAUUUACGGAUGGUGGGGCUCCAUAUCCCGAUGAACCGGGGUCGUGGAGCCAAUCGAUAGCUCAUCGCGUUGAUUUAUUCCUUUUAGAGCAGGUUGAAGCGCUUGAAGACAAAGUGGCCAGUGCGAGUAUGCAAAUCAAGGGUUGGAAAAUCCCAAAUAGGGACACUCCCGAGAUUCCUCCCAACGAAGUGGUGCCUCUCGUGAGGGAGCGUUUAUCAUCGUUGGAGGUUAACAUCGAACGUCGCUACCUCAAACCUCCAUUAGGAGUAAAGCCUACGUGUAUCAAUAUUGCCAAUGUGGGGGAGCAAAAUUCGACAUCGGGUCAGGAAUCGACGUCCGCCGUUACGAAUCAGCAAGUUUCGGAUCCGAAUGAAAUCCCAAAAGGAUUAGCUGUGUGGAGAGAAGCUGUGAAUAGGGCUCAGACGUCGGCACAGUUGGCCAUGUGUCUUUACUCACUCGAAUCGUCCAUCGCUUGGGACAAGAGUAUCAUGAAAGCUGUGAGCUCUUCUCAUGUCUUUAAUAAAAUGAGAGCCCGCAAAUAUAACAGCAAGCUCAGUAACUGCCAGUUUUGCCACAGUGGGGACAACGAAGAUAAACUUUUGUUGUGUGAUGGUUGCGAUAAGGGCUACCACACGUACUGCUUUAAACCGAAAAUGGAAAAUAUUCCUGAUGGUGACUGGUAUUGCUACGAGUGCAUGAACAAGGCGACAGGCGAGCGUAAUUGCAUCGUUUGUGGUAAGAAAUCGUCGACGUCUGGUACUCGACUGAUAUUAUGCGAACUGUGUCCUCGCGCCUACCACACCGACUGCAUUCAUCCCAUGAUGCACAAAGUUCCUCGCGGAAAAUGGUACUGUUCCAAAUGCAUAUCGAAGAAACCUCAAAAAAAGACUAUGCGUAAGAACCAUGCAAAGUGUAACAAGGACAGCGAACUGUCCGACCAUCCUCCUUCUAGUCCCGCACCGUCUCAUAGUUCCGUUACGACGAACGAAGAAACAACGAAUUGCAACCAAAGCGACGUCUCUAAUUCGAGUCUCGGCAAUGCAGGCUCUCCGUCCACGCAAACUUCCAAAAAGGAUCGCAUCUCGAAGAAAUUACUCAAAGAACUCGCACCGUGUAAGACAAUUUUAGAAGAUUUGGAAUGCCACGAUGAUGCGUGGCCCUUUUUACUUCCGGUGAAUACGAAGCAAUUUCCAACUUAUAAGAAAAUCAUCAAAACUCCUAUGGAUUUGUCAACUAUCAAGAAAAAAUUGUACGAUGUGAGUUAUAAAUCAAAAGAGGAAUUCGUUUUGGAUGUGAGACAGAUUUUCAACAACUGCGAAGUGUUUAAUGAGGACGAUAGUCCUGUCGGUAAAGCAGGUCACUGCAUGCGUCAGUUUUUCGAAGCUCGGUGGAACGAGUUGAGUAUUUCAAAUAGUUGAGGACUACUUUAUCCCAAAAGACCUUACCAUCGAAGAAUGAGGCCCCCGGAAAACAGUGUUUAAAAUUUCGAUGAGGUGUGAUUUAAAAAAAUGAUUUUUUCGAUUGUAUUACUGCGAAAACAAAAACAGUACAGGUAUUUCCAGUGUGUGAUAUUGACUUUAAAAAUGUAUACUUGAGCUUUUUAUCGUUCAGAAAUUGUAAUUAUUUGAAUGCAAUUAAAAAAUCUUGGAUUUGCGCAUCACUUGACUUAAAAAGAAUGUGAUUUUUAGUUGGUUUCUCAAUUUGUAUUAAUUUGUAUUUUUGAUAAUUAUGUAUUUUUUUAUUUAAUUAUUUAUUUAGGAUAAUUUUUUGGUUCAUUAAAUGUUCAGUGGUUUUUAUUUAUUUAUUUUCUAACUCAAUUUUCAGUUUCUUGUCUUGAAGUUGCAGUGAAAUAGAAGAGUAAGAGUUUGUAUAAAAUGUAAAGAAAUUUCUUCACAUACUUGCAUCGCUCAACCUUAAAUUAAAUGUCUCUCUAGCCUAUUACAAAAUGUUUUUAUGUAAGCUGAACAUAGUUCUCAAAAGGAAAGGAUGUAUUAAUAAAUAAUGUGUUUGGUAGGCUAGUUCUCUGCAGCGCUAAACUGCAACUCAUAGAACUAGGUUAUGUAUUUUAAUGUAAGAUAUUUAUAUUAAUUAUAUUUACUUAUAAAUGUC